AUGGCAACCAAACGUACUUUGCACCAUACUCUACUUGGGGAGAUUCAUGGAAAAGAAUACAGCUCGACUGUAGAGUUCCUUGGAGUGAAAUACGGAACUCUGGAAGGAAAGUUCUCUCCGCCUGUCCUAUACAAUGGGGAUAAAAGCGAUAUUGUGGAUGCUACGAACCCAGGUCCCGCAUCGUCAUCGCUGGCCGAUGGCAUGCAAAGAGAAUUUUCCCUCAUUCAGCAAGCUCUACCUCAACCUCAUAUUGAGCAGUCUGAGACAGAAUGCUUGAAUCUGAACAUCACGGCCCCCAAAGCAACUUCGACCAAUCUUCCUGUCGUGGUAUUCGUCCAUGGUGGUGGAUUUAUGAUCGGCUCAAAUGCCUGGCCACAGUAUAACUUCCGGCGUCUCGUGGACCUUUCCAUUCAGGAAGAAAGCCCAAUAAUUGGUAUCACCAUCAACUAUCGACUUGGUCCGUUUGGAUUUCUCCACUCCGCCGAGCUGGCUAAAUUCGGAGGAGGUCAAAACAAUGGCCUCUACGACCAGCGCACUGCGCUUCUUUGGAUACAGAAGUAUAUUGCUGGUUUUGGCGGAGAUCCAAACAAUGUCACCUUUGUUGGAGAAAGCGCCGGUGGUGUUUCCGGGACUCAACACCUACAUUCGAAGGUCCCGUUGUUUACGAGACUUGUCAGCAUGGGAGGCACAAACCUUCUGGUGAAGCCCUUGCCGGAGAUUGUGAAUGAGCACAACUAUGGACAACUGUUACAGUCGUUGAACCUUCAAGACUUAUCACCCGAAGAUCGUGUCAAGGAAUUGGAGGUCUUGCCAGCGGAACGGAUUUUGGCGUCUUUGAGCCCUGGCAUGGCUUUUCUGCCCAGCUCCGGUGGAGAUCUCAAUCUGCCAACUAAUAACUUUGAAGAAAUUUAUCUUGGCAAGUCUCAGGGUGCUACGCACCCGGGCAAGUCAUGGUGCAAGCAGAUCAUGAUUGGAGAUUGCGAGAUGGAUGGCAGCAUUCUUCUUACAUUGCUUGGUCCCCCAAAGCCGGGCGUCUUCCAGAGAUUCAAAGACUCCAUUCAGCUAUCUCUGGGGGUUGAGGGCAUGGAGCUGAUAUUCCAAGCAUACGGAAUCACCGAAACCGCUUCUGAAGAAGAGACCUUCGCGACCAUUUUGAAGUUUGGCAAUGACAUCAACUUCCUUGCCCCGGUAUUGGUUUAUGCCCAUGGCUGGGAUAGUGAUGCAUUCAUCUACUUCUUCAAUGAGCCCAACACAUGGGACGGCCCGUGGAAAGGUCACGCCAAUCACAUAUUAGAUGUUGCCUACCUGUUCCAAAACUACAACGAGGCUUUGACCGAAGGCCAACGCCACACAGCUACAAUUUUCGGCAAAGAUCUAAUUCGAUUUGCGAAUGGUAAAGCGCCUUGGCCUGUGUUCAAUUUUGGUGCCAAUGAGCUUAAUGCUAGAGUGUAUGGCUCGAAAGACCCUGAAAAAGUUGCGGCCAGAGUCGACACAAUCCCAGGCCCCAGUGACAGAUCUGAAAGGCGGCAGACCAUUUUCCAGCUCUCCCAAUCCAUUCCUCUAACCAAAUUAUCUGAUGCAUGGGGAUCCUUUAUGAGCGGUAAAUGA